GUUGUUCCUGUGUUUUCUUUGCCUUGGGAGAGACAACUUGAAGGUGACGUCACUGGUAGUUUCUGGAGUCAGUCUUUGAGAGCAAGCCCUCACGGAGCCCAGAACUAGCCCGUGCUGCCCACGGGGACCAUGAACCUCAUACUGCUGUUUUGUCUCGGGGGUCUCCUGGGCUGGGCCCAGGUUCUGGACACCAGCGUCUCUGAGCCAUGGAGACUCAGGCCACCAGGGACAAGGGCUGAAGACCUUGACCCGGACCCUGCCCGACGGAACUGGUGCCCAUACCAGAAGUCCAGGUUGGUCACCUAUGUGGCCGCUUGCAAAACAGAGAAGUUCCUGGUGCACUCCCAACAGCCAUGUCCCCAGGGAGAGCCGGACUGCCAGACACCCAAAGUCAUGGAUCGAAUGGCCCCGAAGCUGGUGUACCAGGUUAAGCAGAAGGUGCUGAUGUCGGUGGACUGGAGGUGCUGCCCAGGCUUCGGGGGCCCCGACUGCCAGUACUACGGUAGGGCUUCCCGCAGCCCUUACUCCAAGGCCAACAUCUGGUACUUCCCUCUGCAGACCCCACCGCAGUCUCAGAACCUGCAGGGCCUGGCAGCUGUUGCCAGCCUGAUCCUCAGAGCAGGCUGGGCAGCUCGGAGCACGGAGCAGCAGGGCCAGCAGCAGCCCCCGCAGGGAGGAUUCCAGAACGACAUGCAGCCAGGGCUGGAUGACCUCACAGUCACUGGGAUGGAGGCCAAUCACACAGAGCUGGGAGCAGGAUGCUCGUGUGAGCCUGGGCGCCUCGCAGGCUUUCCUGGCAGGGCCUUGGAGCAGGUGCUCCUGCACCACGCCGACACCUUCCUGCAGCAGCACCUGGGCUCCAUCUGGAAGAACUUCAAUGACAGCUUGCACAGUCUGUCCCAGGCAGUAAGGAACCUGUCCCUGGAUGUAGCGGCCAACCGCCAGGCCAUCCAAAAGGUUCAGGAGGACGUGGUGGCCAGAGCUGAUGUCCAAGAGCUUGGGGCCAAGUUCGAGGUCAAGGUGCAGGAGAAUGCCCAGCGGGUCAGGCAGCUGCAGCAGGCGGUGGAGGAGCACCUGUAUGCCCAGCUCCAGUCCCUGCGCCACUCGCUCUCCGAGUUCCAGACCGACGUGGACGCCAGGCUGAAGUGGCUACACAAGGCCCAGGAGUCCCGGGGAAGCCAUGGCGGCCUGGAGGCGGCUGCCAAGCCGGAGCCCGACAGCUUGCAUGCCAGGCUGGGCCAGUUGCAGCGGAACCUGUCGGAGCUGCACGCGGCCCUGGGCCGCAGGGAGGAGGAGCUGCAGGGCACCCUGGGGGACAUGAGUGCCACCUUGGCCCAGCACAGCGAAGAGAUCAAGGAGCUAUACUCAGAGUCGGACGAGACCUUCGACCAGAUCAGCAGGGUGGAGCGGCAGGUGGAGGAGCUGCAGGUGAACCACACGGCGCUGCGCGAGCUACGAAUAAUCCUGAUGGAGAAGUCGCUCAUCAUGGAGGAGAACAAGGAGGAGCUGGAGCAGCAGCUCAUGGAGCUCAACGUCACGCUGCAGCAGCUGCAGGGCGGCCAGGCCGACCUCCUCAAGUACGCCAAGGACUGCAACUGCCAGCGGCUCUACCUGGACCUCGACGUCAUCCGGGAAGACCAGAAGGGCACCACGCGAGCCCUGGAGGAGGCGCAGCUGAGCCUGGACGAGCAGCGCCGGCUGGACAGCUCUUCGCUGCAGGCCCUAAGCAGCGCCGUGGACGCUGUGGCACAGGCCAUGGACGCGCGCAAGGCCGAGGGCGAGCAGGCGCGCGCCGACCGAGCGCGGCUCCGGAGCCAGCUGCAGGCAGUGCACGGCGAGGUGGGCGCGUUGCAGGCAGCUGCUGGCCCUCUGCGCGCCGAGGUGCAGCGGCUGCACAGCGCCUUCGCCGCGCUGCUGCAGGACGCGCUGCGCCACGAGGCCGUGCUGGCCGCCCUCUUCGGGGAGGACGCGCUCGAAAGGCUGACGGAGGACGAGGCCAACCCGCUGCCUCUGCGCUACGAGCAUAUCCGCACUGGCCUGCAGGACGCUGCCAGCGGGCUACAGGAGCAGGCGCUCGCCUGGCAUGCUCUGGCGGCCCAAGUGGCCACCCUGGAGCAGCUGGUGAAGCAGCGCCUGGAGCCCCCUCAGGACACCCUCCCGGAAGAGGCUGGUGCUGCGACCCUGGCCCAGCUCCAGGGCCUGAUGACCGAGGUCAUGUCCCAAGUCAAUAGCCUCCAGCACUGCUGCGAAGCCCCCGGGGCCGCCCCCUUCAACAGCUCACUGCAAGGUCUCUCCAGUGUGCUGUCAGCCACGCAGCACGACCUGCAGCAGCACCGGCAGCUCUUCCACCGGCUGUUUGACAACUUCCAGGAGCUCCUGGACACCAACGUCAGCUUGGACCUGAGCAAGCUGCAGGCCUUGGUGAGCAGGAAAGAGAGGAAGCAGCAGAAAGGCCUGGACGGCUCCCGGAAGAGGGACAAGAAGCAGGUGCAGCCCUGGGCGGAUGCAGGCGCCCCAGUGCCCAUGCCGAGGGGCCCAGGUGGGCUCUGGGGGACAGGCUCCCCUGUGGCUUUCUAUGCCAGCUCUUCCCAAGGGGCCACUGCCCCACAGAUGGUGGCAUUUGACGUGACAUCCAUCAACUUCGGCGGUGGCUACCUGCCCCAGCAUGGCUACUUCAUGGCACCUGAACAUGGCAUCUACCUGCUGGUGGUGAGCGUUGAAUUCGGCCCCGGUCCGGGGACCGGGCUGCUGGUGCCGGGUGGCUCCGGCAGGACCCCAGUCUCCAUUGCCAAGCAGAGGGAUGAUGGAAGUGCUGCCACCACCUUGGCCUUGCUGGAGCUACAGAAGGGCGAGAGGGUGUGGCUUGAGCUGACCCAGGGCUCCAUCACCCCGGGCACCCAGGGCACUACCUUUGGCGGCUUCCUGCUGUUCAGGACUUGAACUGCUGUCCUCAGGAUUCACCAAGGACCCUGAAGCCGAGGCUGGGGCUGGGGACUGGAGACCCAGGGUCACCCAGCCUAGGGGCGUCUGCGGGGGCUUCACCUUUCUCUGGGCAGGACUUGGGCCUGGGGAAGGGUCCCAGGGGCAGGGCUCAGCAUGACCCAGUGGCUUGGAAAACUCCGAGG